GGGGAGGUGGAGUUACCCGGCGGGAACUUGACCCGUUAGCCGCCGGGCUAUGGCGGCGCGCUCGCCAGCCUCACCGCUCCCUCCGCCCCCAGCGCGACCUCUGGGGCCCCGGCCCGCCUCGACGGGGCGGGGAGAUGUGGUUCCGGGAUCACCCGUCGUGGCCUCGGGUCGGACGGACGCUGCGCGGGAGGGCGGAGUGGACCCACGCAGUAAAUCGUGCCGGAGCCCGGCGGGGCUCGGGCGCCCGCGCGGGUCCGGGCGGGCAGCUCCGGCUCAGGUUCCCCUCCGCAGCUCGCCCAUGGGGUCCGAGCGGCUCGAGGGCGUCUCGGUCGAGGAGGUGAUGGUGACCCGCACGCAGCUGCUGGAGGAAGAGCUGAGCAGCCUAAAGGAGGAGCUGGCUCUGUGUCAGGCUGAUAAAGAAUUUGUAUGGUCUUUGUGGAAACGUCUCCAGGUGACAAACCCAGAUGUCACACAAGCAGUCAGUUUGGUUGUGGAAAGAGAAAAACAGAAAUCUGAAGCUAAGGACAGAAAAGUCUUAGAAAUUCUGCAAGUCAAGGAUGCUAGAAUACAAGAAUUAGAACAGAGUGAAUCUGGAUUGAAACAGGACAUAAAUGACCUCCUAAAACGAAAGAUUACAGUAGAUGAAGAAAAUGCUUUCUUAAGAAACGAACUCAUUGACUUGCAGAAAAAAAUUAUAGAUAAAAGUCAAGAAGUUAAGGACACUAAGGAGUGUGUGCAGAAUAAGGAAGAGCAUAGCAGACUGGUUAUAAAAAAUCUGGAGGAGGAAAAUGAGAAAUUAAAUACCCGCUGCACUGACCUGCUAAAUGAACUGGAGAAACUGAGGAAGCAGGAAGCACAUUGGAGAAAUGAAAAAUGUAGCAUUGAUGCAAGAAUAAAGACAUUUGAAGAUAAUUUAACUGAAGCAAGGGAAGAACUUGAAGUAUCACAGAGUAAAUAUAAUGCCCUGACAUUGCAAUUGAAUAGUAAACAGAAUGAACUUAACCAGAAGGAUAUGGAUAUUACCCUGGUCAGGAAGGAAUUGCAGGAGCUACAGAAUCUUUACAAACAGAACAGUGCGCAUACAGCUCAGCAGGCAGAGCUGAUCCAGCAGCUUCAGGUUCUGAAUAUGGACACACAAAAAGUACUGAAGAAUCAAGAAGAUGUUCACACUGCUGAAAGUAUAUCAUAUCAAAAACUUUACAAUGAGUUACAUAUUUGUUUUGAAACCACUAAAUCAAGUGAAGCUGUCCUCCUGCAAAGUGUUGCUAAUCUUCGGGAUCAGCUGAUUCAAAAAGAGCAAGAAAAUGCUAAAUUGAAAGAAAAGCUUCAAGAAUCACAAGUAGCACCAUCUUUUCAUCAAGAAACUGAUUCAGACCACUCAGAACAGGUACAGGUAUCUGAACGGCCAUCUAUAUCGAGUUUGGAAGCCUUAAUGGUCUCACAGAAGUCUGAAAUUCAAUAUUUACAGGAGAAACUAAAAAUAGCAAAUGAUAAACUGUCGGAGAACAUAUCUAGCACCAAGAAUUUCUCAGAGAAGAGCCUCUUGACAAGAGCUGAAAGAAAAUAUAAGGAACCACCUGUGAAACGUUCAAGGUCUUUGUCCCCAAAGAGCUCUUCCUCAGAGUUAGAGGAACUAAGGAAGCUAAGGAAAGCUGAAAGAAGGAUUGAAAACUUAGAAGAGGCAGUACAACUAAAGAGCCAAGAAAAUGAUGAGCUAAGAGAUGCCCAUGAAAAAUGCAAGGAAAGGCUACAGAUGUUACAGACCAACUACAGAGCAGUAAAAGAGCAAUUAAAACAGUGGGAAGAAGGCUGUGGCAUGAUGGAUAUCAGAAAAAUGAAGAGAGCAGAUCUUCAACAACUUAGACAGGAAGAUUCUGAUGCUGUCUGGAAUGAAUUGGCCUAUUUUAAAAGGGAGAACCAGGAGCUAAUAUUUCAAAAGAUAAAUCUUCAGGAAGAAUUGGAUACACUUAAAAUGCAUAUGCGUGCUGAUAAGGCAACAAUAAAAGAAUUAAAAACACAUAUAGAAGAGAAUAGUGAAGAACAACUCUUCAGAAACUGUGAAGAUGAUGGGGUCAAGAAGAGUACUCCAGAGAAGAAUGUGAAAGAAAUGUCGGAGCAGACAUUACAGAAGAUCAUUGAAUUGGAAAAUCGGCUAAAAUCUUUCGAGAAAGGAUCAAGAAAAUUAAAAGAAGGGAAUAAAAAAUUAAUGAAAGAAAAUUACGUCCAGAAAUCCCUCUUAAAACAGCAACUAGAAGAUUUAGAGACCAAAGGAAAAGAUCUAGAGAGGCUAGAGAGGAGGAGUAAAGAUGUAGAAAAAGACAAAACUGAACUUCAAGUAAAAAUCAGUGAGCUGGAGAGAGAAGUCACUUCCCUAAGGAGACAAGUGGCAGAAACUGAUGGGUUGAGAAAUGAAAAUGAAGAGCUGAUGAAUUCAUUGGGAAAAUUGCAGCAUUCCGCAGACAAAGCUAAAACUGAGAUGGCCACCUCAGAAGUGAGAUCUGGACAAUAUGACGGUAAAGCAACCAUUACCAAGGUUAAAUUUAAAGCAGCCAAGAAAAAGUGCUCUUUGGGUCGUUACCACACUGUUCUCAAUCAUUCCAUCAAGGUUAAGAGUAAUGUGUUUAAGAACCUCAGCAAGGACGGCUGGGAGGAUGUGAGUGAAAGCAGCAGUGAUCCUGAAACACAGACUUCUCAAAAUUUGGGAACAAUUAUUGUAGAAACAUCCCAGAAAAUGAAUCCUGUAGAAGAUGGAAUGGACCAAAAAGAAAGUGAACAAACAGAAGACAGUCAAACACAAGGAAAAGAAUUAGUAGAAAUAUAUUCAAAUGGCAAGAACUCAAAGGAUUUUUAUUAUAAGAAUGCAAAAAGGCCAGCUUUUCAAAAGAAGAGUAACAGUAGUCAAAGGAGUUCCUAUGCAACAAUUCCUACCAGACCUAACAGAGAAAAGUGGAAAAAUAUAUCUUCCCAGAAAUCAAACCACAUUUUUGUAUUACGAGAACGUAUAACAUCUUUACAACAACAAAACAAUUUACUUCAGAAUGCCAAGAAAACAGCUGAAUUGUCUGUUAAAGAAUAUAAAGAAGUGAAUGAAAAGCUCCUUCAGCAGCAGCAAGCAGCUGAUCAACGAAUUCAGACAAGCAGACAGACAAUAAAGAAGCUAAACUUGAACUUGACUGAGCUGCGGAAAGAGAAAGACGACUUACUAAAGAAAUUGGAAUCUUCAUCAGAAAUCACAAGUUUGGCAGAGGAAACUUCCCAGCUACCAGCUCCUCGGAUACAAGUUUCAUCAUCUUCUGCAAAGAGCAUAGAUUUGGAAAUUAAGCAAUUACAGUGUAAACUAAAGAAUGCAACAAAUGAACUCACUAAACAGUCAUCAAAUAUGAAGUCUCUGAAAUUUGAACUCCUAGCAAAAGAAGAACACAUAAAAGAAAUGCAUGAAAAGAUGUCUCGAAUGGAAAGAGAUAUAACCAUGAAAAGACAUUUGAUAGAGGACCUGAAAUUACGACAGAAAAUACAUUUAGAAAGUAAUGAGAGUACUAAUGAAAUGUUAGAAAGUCUGGAAAAGAAGGUUAAAACUUUAACUGAAGAAUGUUUCAACAAGAAGGUAUCAAUAGAUUCAUUAAAGCAAAGACUUAGUGUUGCUGUAAAAGAAAAAUCACAGUAUGAACAGAUGUAUCAGAAAACUAAAGAAGAAUUAGAAAAAAAGGAUAUCAAGCUUAAUUUUCUAGUAGCAAAAGUAAAUGAGACUGAAUCAACAGUAGCAGAACUUGAAACAGCAGCAACUAAGCAUCUUAAAGAAUUAGCGUUGCAGAGUGAGCAGGUUCUAGAAGGCACUCAGAAGAAAUUGAUGUUAGCCAAUGAUAAAGUGGAAGAAUUCACCAUAUUUGUAAAGGCCUUAGUCAAGGAAUUACAAAAUGAUGUCUAUGAAAUAAGGCGAAAUAUCAAGGAGCUUAAAAAAAAGCAGAAAAAAAGGGAUGCUUAUAAAAUCUCAACCCAUAAAGCCCAGACCUUGGCAGCUUCUAUCUUGAAUAUUUCAAGGUCAGAUUUAGAGGAAAUAUUGGACACAGAAGAUGAAAUGGAAAUGGAAAAGUCAAGAAUAGAUGCUGGAAAUGACAGGGAAUGGCUAUUAUACAUUCAGAAACUUCUUGAAGGACAGCUUCCUUUUGCCUCCUAUUUACUAGAAGCAGUACUGGAGAAAAUAAAUGAAAAAAAGAUUCUAGUUGAAAAAUACUACACAAUUAUUAGAGAUAAUAGAUGACAUUACAAUGGGGAAGUUUUUUUCAAAUGUGAAAACUUAUUAUGUGGUGAGUUUGGAAUACAUUCAUUGCUAUCUUUGUACAGUAUCUGUUCUAGCUAUCAAUAGUCAGGUUCAAUACCAAAAUAAGAAGUCUCUGAAACUAAUUAAUUGCUGAACAAGUGAAACAAAUUAAGUGCAUUGCCAGUUAAAAGGAAAUAGUGUAGCAUUUGAUUGUUGAAUACAAAUAUUGCCACAAAUCAAUGCAAACAUAAAUUUCCUUCCACUGGAUUAGAAGAAAUUAGAAAAGUAUGGCACACACAAUUUCAUCUGAAUAUAAAAAAAUAAAAUAGAAACGAAGGAUUUAUUCUUUUAAGUUUUUUAAAGAAACAAGUCUUUUCACAUAGAGUUGCUAUAAAUGGUCUUAAAUUAUACAGUGAACAACACAUGUAUAUGGUAAACAAAUUUAUAAAAUGAGUCAUCAAAAUUUAAGGAUGAAAAUUUUAAGUGUGUGGUCCAGUUGUCUCUUUUUUUUUAAAUAUACAUAGUAGGUUAUUUAGGAGAUAAUGUAUUUCCCUGUAAUGACUUGACAAAAAUAAAAACAUCUCUUUCUACCUGGCAAAAAU